AAACGUCGCGGCGAGUUAGUCCCAGUAAAGGGGGAGAUAAUUUAGUUUUGAUACUACGGAGAGUAAUAUCGAAAAAAAAAAGACGUGCGUUUGGAUUUGCUCAUACAUUAUUUUUCUUCAUUAAAAAUAUGAAAGAUGUGAUAUGAUUUCCAGAUUAAAAAUACAUAAAUCGUGUGAACACCUAGCAUAUGUUGUUUAAAUAGCAUACAGAAGUUAUAACAAUAGAAAUGAGAAGCGGUUAGUCCGGAAUCUUUGAUUAUGUGACCGACAUUUGACAGAUUGAAUGUCAAUGCCAAGGGUUCAUAGAGCAAGCGUCCUUAAUAAUUCGGGAUUUAUUCUUUGUCUGUGACUUAAAAUAGGUCUUUAUCAAAGACUAUUUUUGGACUGUGAAAUAAUAUCAGACAAAGCAUUCCUCUCUGUGUGAGAUUAACCAUUUCGUUUACAGAGUUGAACCUUACAAUAAAACGAAGACAAAUGAUCGCAGUUCACACACUAUGAAUGCGCGAAGACAUAUAGGACUGUUUUUACAAAACAGUAUGUUGGAUACAAGUUUUAUAAAAUCAUUUCGAAGAUCGCGUUCAACUAAAGAUGUUCGAUUGAUUGUGACAGCCUGUGUUUUUAUGUUGGUUCUUGCCAAUGUUUUUUUCCUGAAUAUUUUUGUUUUUAUCAACCAAUCUCACGUGCAAUACAGCUUCAGAACCGAGGAAAAUGAGAACUAUUUACAUAAAGCGGAUGUAUAUUCCAGAGACUCGUCCAAAGGCCUUUCGGACGAACUUCUUUCCAAUUCAGUGUCUUUCAACAGUGUAUAUUACAAGCAAAGAUUGGGACAUGGGCAAAGUAGGAAAUUGAUGGGAGAAAGAGAUACUAUUGAUAUUAAGUUUGUGGAUACAAUUUUUGAAGAAGAGUUUCAUUUUUCUGACGACUGGCUAAGGAGUGCCGUUCAUCAAGCAGAUGGUCAGUUAUUAACUUGCGACGAUUUGGAGAAGAUUCGAAAUGUUACGUACCUGAGUCGGGGCUGGACUAAAGUGGUGCACAAGGGAGUCUACAAAGAUCGACACGUCGCCAUCAAGACCGUGGACGUCAACGGCCAUGACGUCACAUCCUGUUUAACAGACGGGCACGGCGUGGCGGAGUGCUACGCCAAGGCGGCAAAGAAAAUCGUCAAAGAGAUCCUGCUCCUGAGCUCUCUGCAGAACGAGAAUGUCGUGAAGGUUCUGGGUUUUUGUAUUUCGCCAAAGCUGUAUGAAGGCCACGAGAUUUCUUCAGUGGCCUUGAUAACAGAGCUUGGAGUACCCAUCGACCAGAUUAUGCUGUUUCAAAUGUCUUGGGAGAAUCGACUUAGGAUAACUCUGGAUAUCUCAAGGCUAGUCCACUAUUUGUCUCACUCACCUCUCGGCUCCAUAGCCCUGAACGAUUUUCGACUGUCUCAGUUCGUCCUGGUGGACGGAACGCUGAAACUGACCGAUGUAGACGACGCCGGACUUGCUGAACCGCCUUGUUCACUUAAAGAUGUCUGCGACUUUAAAUUUGAGAACAUCUCAAAAAGGUUCAUGUGUGUCCAAGGUCGAUGUCAAGGCCACAACGAGUAUCUCAACAUGUACAAGACAGGAAAAGACUUGGUCCGGCUACUUCUGCCAUAUGGGUCACCGAGGACUCUCAAACCAUUCAUCAAAGAGGUCAUGAACAGUACACACGCCUUAUUGUACAGCUCGGGGCAGCUGCUGGACGCCGUGCAACAUGUGGUGGACAGUUACAGAACAGGGGCGUAUCUAAGUCAUGGGAGAAACUCCACUGGCAAUGAAAAGUAUGUUAUGCACAGCAGAAGUGACCUCCCUGGUGAGUUUGAUUACAGGUGCGGACUAUCGUUGUCAGGGGACGGCUGUACGGUGUCGGUGUUUGACCUGCGAGAAGCACAGGAUGUCUGCGACUCCGAGGAAUCUUGUCGAGGUUUUGUGUGGACGCAGUCUAAAACAUGGGCAGGUCGAACCAUUAUUCAUCUAAAAAAUGGAUUUAAUUUCACCACGGAAAAUCAGAACACUGACCUAUAUUUGAAACACUUAUAGCAUCCAAAGAGAAGCAACCGUGACAAUAUUUUUAUUUUAAAAAACAUAGGCAGAGUUACCUGCCUUUAGCAUUGCGUAACAUUACCACGAAGAUAAUAGUACUUGUUUUGCCCCAAACAAAAUCUUCACAUGUUACUGUGAUAUGUUACUGAAUAAUGUUGUUUUUUUUAAACUUAAAGAAACCCAGGAUCCGAAGACUUCUGUUUUGUUCAGAAAAAAAAAAGUUAAAUAUAUUUGAUUUACUGUGAUUUACGAUUUCUGCUUACAAAUAUUACAUCUCCUUCAGCUGUAUACUGAAAGAAUAUUUGCGACUCAAAGACCCAACCAGUCCUUCAAAUUCCCGAAAAACUCCAAAAUCAAAACUAUAAAGGGACUCCGGAAAGCUCUUGUAAAUCUCAGCAACAACUGUUCUCCCAGCUCACAUUGAAUUAGAAGGCAAUGAAAGAGCAAAGCUGCAAAGAUGGAUGGACGAGCAAACAAAGGAAACUCUCUCUCUACCCAGAAGAAAUGAUGAAAAUGUUAGAGGUAGAGUGUAGAAUACAUGAUAAAUGGAGUAGUAGAAACAAUGUCUUUAGAAGAAAUUUCCAUGGUCACAAUAGGUCCUUGUUGUUUGUUUUUUUUUCAGUUCAUCGACAUUUUGUCCCUAUUGAGGCCAUGUGAAUACAUUUUGUUAACUCUAAGUUCAAACUUGUUGGUGUCUUUAUGAAGAUGAAUGUAUCUUUACAAUUAACAAACAUCUGACAAGUCUUGGCUUAAUUGUGGGCCAGCGAAAAGAUCCUUUAUCUUAGUUGUCAAAAGUGUUAGACCCAUCAUUUUAAAACAUAAACAAGGAUCAUGUCAGCACUUCGGAUACAAUAAUCCCGGCUGUAUUUACUUCGUAGAGGAAAGAAUCCUUGAAAGAAAAUUAGGGCACGGCAUGGCCUACAUUGUGUCAGUGUGCCAUCACAUAUAAUCUUGUUCUUGUUGGUUUCUCACUGCUGUUAUUAUGGAUGAUUGUUUAUUCUGUGAUUGAUGGAUGAUUGCUUAUUCUGUGAUUGAUGGAUGAGUGCUUUUUCUGCUGCUGUCAUUGAUGUGAGACUUCCCUCUAUGCUAAUGUUAUUGAUGUGUGAUUGCUUAUUCUACUGCUGUGAUAAUGUCACAAAUUAACUUUGGAAUGUUUACAUUUUUUUGUUGUUGAGAUUUUGAAAAUGUUAUGCAAAUAAAAACGUGAGGUAUGUAAACUUCACACGACUAGAUCAUUCCAAUAACAUCCAUUUUUUUUCACUUCUUAUAAUAUAUUUGCCCUAUCUAUGUAUUUAGCUUUUUUUCCCGUUGUGCAAUUGGUAAAAUUCUGCUGAUAGUUGGUAUAUAUUUUUAUCAUGACAAUAUUUUGAUUAGGAUCUAUAGGCAUGUAAAAUAUUUUAGUAUUGAGCGAUAUGAAUAAUAAAAAUUAAUUUAUCAGAA